UAGAUUGCCUGACAAUUACCGUGCACUACCGAAUGGAUGAGUUGAGCGAUUCCUCACAUGCUCCUGGUAGGGAUUAACAUGAUUAAAGCAUAUUAAAGACGCUUCCUGUACUUGCCAUUUGUUUUUUCCAUUGCAAGGCUUUUGUCCAAACCUCUGAGCAGUUGAUGUAGACGUAUAUAGUCUUCAUGCUGCGCAUCACUUCAGCUUCGGGCGAAGUCGCAAUCUCAAGGGAGAGGGCGAGCUUGAUGAUGAACGGGAGGUGUGUCCCCCAGUGGAUUUGCAGCUUGUGAUCCUGGAGGUUUGGCCAGCUGAGCGGGCCCUACACCUUGCAGCAGAGGCGGGCAGUGGAAGCUGGACUUCUUGUUGGAUGCUGGUGCUAACUCUGAAAUCAGGUCGAUAGAGGAUGAGUCGACAGCUCUUGUAUGCCAGUGCUGACGCAAACAGCAAGACGAUAGGUGGAUCGGCAGCGUUGCAUUGUGCUAUUGUGGGCAAUCACCUGGAAAUAGCAUGGCUUUUGCUAAAAGCUGGCACGGAGAAGAAUAGCUCAAGAGCCGACAGUGCAACACCACUACAUCUUGCAGUUCGUAGUGGCAAGUUGGUAAUAGUGAAGCUGUUGCUGGAUGCUGGUGCUGAGAAGAUUUCUGCUGCAUGGACAGGACUUGUCCAUGAUCAUGCAGUAGACUUUUCAGCAAAGUCUUGGCAAUUGCACACCUUUGCAUGUUGCAUGUCCCUUUGGUAUCCUUUGGUGAUGUUGAGGUAAUGCAGUUGUUGCCUGCCGUCGAAUCGAAAAGGAUUCCAGGGCAGCUUUGGCAACUGCCAAUGGACGGAGAUAGAGCAGCUGUUGCGGUAACUUCCUGACUGCCAUGACUGCCACGAAUUUGGCUGAAAUUGUGGUGGCGCAAUGUGGCGCAUCAUAUGAUGGGCUGACAAGGUCAUUUGUUGAUUCUGCAGACUUCGCAACAUCCGCCCUGAUGCUGGUAUGUCUAACGGUUACGCAGGUGGACUAAAAUGAGCUGCCGUCAACCCUCGGUCACGAGUUCACUUUUUGCUGGGUGCCAACUUG